AUGUCUGCCAAAGUAGUAAUACCUGGAGACUCUCUCAGUUUUGGAGACAAGGCAGUGCCUGUCACAGUAGGCCCAGGUGUCUACAAAGACCCGCAAACCCAGGCCAUAGAACCAUCAUCAGCUGGGAUUUUAAACACAAAGGAAUCUAGUUCCAAGAGACUUGUAUAUAUUGACUCCAAUUCCAAAAGAUACAUCCCACAAACCAAUGAUUUUGUCAUUGGUAUAAUCACUGGUGUCUUUGGUGAGAAUUACAAAGUUCAACUUCAAAAUUUCUCCUCGGGAGUUUUAUUGUCCAUGAUGGCAUUCCCUAAUGCAUCUAGAAAGAAUAAGCCAAAUUUAAAAGUUGGCCAGGCUGUUUAUGCCAGAGUGUCUCAAGCUAUCCCGGAGAUUGACAUCGAGCUUGAAUGUAUUGAUGCCACCACUGGUAAAGAAGGUGGAUUCGGGUUAUUAGAUGAAUCGGGAUAUUUAUUCGACAUCAAUAUGAACUUCGCCAGAGAAUUAUUAUUUAAUCCAAACUCCCAUGUAUUGGAGAAGUUAGCAUCCAAAUGUAGAUUUGAAAUUGCCGUUGGUAUUAAUGGUAAAGUUUGGAUUAAAUGUGGAGAUGGUGUACCAUUAUUGAAGGAAGGAUCCACCAAUGAUGACACUGAAGAAGGUAACUCAGGAAGAUCAAAAGAUUCAUACAUUAACGAUUUAAAGACUACACUUGCUGCUAGUAGAUAUCUUCUUAGAUGUCAAGAAAUCCCAGCACUGGAAGUCGAUGCUGAGUUGGAGAAGUCGAUGAAGUAG